AUGGAGGUCAACUUUCCAAUAUCGAACCCCUUGGAAAGCUUGAAUCACAUUCGCUUUGCAAGCUGUAUCAAAUAUACAGAUAUACAGAGAAGAGUAGACAAAUUAGGGAUGUUAUUUGUUGAAAGUCAAAAAAUACAUUUACGAAUUCAUGACAAUUUAGAAAUGACAGCUAAAUUCAACAUUAAUGGAGCUGAGGAGGAGAAAAGGGUUGUCAAGAGGUGGUAUGCUUUAUACACCCACGAAUCCGUCAAUGUAUGGUUUAAAGGGGAUUAUGUUCAAGGGAUAUUUUAUUACUUGGAAGGUAGCAGUCCUGUGAGGGUGACAACCCUGCAUGAAAAUGGAACAAUGGAAGUCAUGUACAUUGGAAGUUUGUUGGACAAAAGAUGUGAAAUACUCAAUUGUCAAUAUGAAUUUAUUCAACCGGUUGGUUCCACAAUGAGAAAAGAAGUUAUAGAUGCUGAAGGCUGGGCUCUAAUAAGUAUCGUCUCUUCACCCAGUCUCGGAGGCUAUGAUGGUGUUUCCGUAAAAUUUGAUUCUAAAUUGAUAUGUAGUCUGUAAAGUUUAGAACCAAUUAUUUUGUGUCUUGUGAAGAAUAAAGUGUCAUGCAUCAUU